GGUGCGGUAGAUAAGACGUUAAAUAGCAAAAGAGAUAUCCAAAUAGACAUUGGUUAGGCUCAGGAGCUAAGAUUUAUUGCCAGUCAAGGCCAUCGUUAAUAAAAUAAUUGACACAAUAUGUCAGCAGAGGAGCUGGCGCCAAUUAACGAGCAAGAUCUGAAGGACCUGAAGCAGCGAAUGAAACUCAUAGCUGACGCAGACCCAAAUCAAUAUCAGAAUGAUUUCUCACUACGGCGUUAUCUACGCGCCUUUAAGACUACAGAUGACGCAUUCCAAGCCAUAUUGAAGACGAACAAGUGGCGUGAAUCAUAUGGCGUGGCCAAACUGAACGAAAUGGACCGCAGCCACUUGGAGAACAAGGCACGGGUCUUGCGGCACCGUGAUUGCGUUGGCCGCCCCGUCAUUUAUAUUCCAGCCAAAAAUCAUAGCUCUUCGGCGCGUGACAUUGACGAGUUGACGCGAUUCAUUGUCUACAUUCUGGAGGAGGCAUGCAAAAAGUGCUUCGAGGAGGUUACAGACCGCCUGUGCAUUGUCUUUGAUCUGGCUGAGUUCAGCACAGCGUGCAUGGACUAUCAGCUGGUGCAGAAUCUUAUCUGGCUGCUCGGCAAACACUAUCCGGAGCGAUUGGGCGUUUGCCUAAUCUUAAAUGCGCCUGGCAUCUUCUCGACCGUAUGGCCAGCGAUUCGCAUGCUGCUCGAUGACAACACCGCCAAAAAGGUGAAGUUUGUCAACAGUGAGGUGGAUCUAUGUCAAUAUCUAAUUCCGGAUAUACUUCCGACAGAUAUGUAAACGAAUUGUGAGCAUUGCUAUAAGUAGUUGUAGGCAUACAUAUCUCUGAAUGAGGCACCUUUGACAUUAUACUGCAACUCGAGACAACGUGUACCUAUUAGAAACCAGUACCUAAUUGACUGUA